AUGUACAUUUCUGCUGCAGAUGGGGUGUUCAGUAAGACAAACUGCACUUAUCAGGAUGUCUUGAAUCACCUGAACCUGUUCACAAACAAUGACCUGUUCAUCAUGACCCGGCCUGUUAAAGACUAUACACAGGCCUUAGAAGUUAGCCUCGACUUAGCGCUGUAUGCCAUUCUAGAUGUGCAAGAGACUGAGCAGAAAUUUGUUCCCUAUGUUUGGAUUUUUAUGAGCUGGAAAAAUGACCAUAUUUUAUGGGAACCAGAUGAAUUUUGUGGGAUUUCAAACAUUACUAUUCCCACUGAUGUACUGUGGAAGCCCGAUAUAACUAUUGAAGAGAUGAUAGAGAAGGACAAGGCUCCUCCAAGUCCAUAUCUCAUCAUUUUCAGCGGAGGUCUAGUUGCCCUUAAAAAUGAUCAGGUUCUGGUCAGCACCUGCAGGAUGCACGUUUACAAAUUUCCCUUCGACACACAAAGUUGCACUCUUUCAUUCAAGUCAGUCGUCCACUCUGACAGAGAGCUACGACUCCUCCUCUCUGCUAAUUCUGCUGAAGUCACAGAGUAUUCUCGUGAGGUGAUGCGAACCCAGUACGAGUGGCUCUUCAUCAACAUGACAGUCGCUAACCAAACUGUCAACAAAUAUGGACUAGACCAAGACAUAAUCAUUUAUACUAUCGAAAUGAAGAGGAGGUCUAUGCUGUACGUCGUCAACUUCUUGCUGCCAGUCCUGUUCUUCCUCUGUCUGGACUUGUCCUCCUUCCUGAUCUCAGACAGAGGAGGCGAGAAGCUGAGUUUCAAGAUCACGGUGCUGCUCGCUGUCACCGUGAUGCAGCUUCUUCUCAAUGAAAUCCUUCCUGCAUCAUCAAACAGGAUCCCACUUAUAGCUGUCUACUGCAUUGGCAUUUUUGGGCUGAUGUUGCUCAGCCUCCUGGAGACGACUGUGGUGAAGUAUCUGAUUGAGAAAGACUAUGAGUUCCAAAACAAAGAGGUAGACAGAGACCCGAUCCAGAGUGAGGACUGUGGUGACCAAUCAACCUAUAACCAUCAUAAACCGAAGAGAUGGUGUCGAUGUUUAUGUGACGUGUCUUCUGAUGACACUCCAUCUGAACUACUUGCGGACCAAAAGAUCAUCGUCAGCCAACCCACAGAGGAGUACCAAUCCCUGGAAAAGGUUUCAACCGAGCUGAGGGAACUGCAAAAAACACUGUCUUUAAUCAUCAACCGCAGCAGUGAAGAGGAGAAACCUGGCUACUGGACCCAGAAUGAUAAUGGUUCAGCUCGACAUUUGUCUUGCCUUUCUAGUGUGAAGCGUUGA